AUGACCCUGAAUAUACCCCAAUCAUGGCACGGGUCCUUGGAGAACUCAUCGUGUGGCCACAACAUGACAGAAUGGGAAGAGGUCAUGGACAAGCUGUACACAUACUUUUACCUGUUGCUCUUCAUCCCAGGGCUGCUGCUCAAUUCUGUGGCUCUGUGGGUCCUCUGCAGAUACAUUAGGAAGAAUACCAAGUCAGUGAUCUUCAUGAUUAAUCUGGCUUUAGCAGAUUUGAUCCACAUCCUAUCACUGCCCCUAAGGAUUUUUUAUUAUUUGACGCACAUGUGGCCCUUUGGACAAAGUAUCUGCUUGCUCUGCUUCUAUUUAAAGUACCUCAACAUGUAUGCAAGCAUUGGAUUCUUGGUGUGCAUCAGUGUACAGAGGUGUCUCUUCCUGCUUUACCCGUUCUCAACUCGAUGGUGGAGAAGCCGCUAUGACCUUGUGAUCAGCAUGGUGGUUUGGGUGCUUGCCGCUGGGGCUUGCUCACCCUUCAUCCUCAUGCGUACUAGCAGCAGUAGUGCUUCUUUCUCACCUCUCCCGUCAAACAACCUCGGAAAAUCCGGGGAGUUCUCGGAAACCAAUGCAACUGAAGUCCACUGUUUUAAAGACUUGCCCAUUCGUCAUAUGUCCCUCUCUCUGGCUGUCACCUUGAUGGUGAUGGCUGAGCUCUUUGGUUUCUUAAUUCCUCUGGCUUGCAUCAGUUGUAGCUCCAUAUUCAUCAGCCAUUCCCUUUACCAUAAAACAAACCAGGUUUCGACAAGGUCGACUCUCAUUCACUCGAUUCAGAGCCGACUCUCCUUCACUUGUGCUGAUAGGAACAAUGAGAAGAAGCAGACAAAUAGGGAGAAACGGCGCGCCUUGAGGAUGGUGCUGAGUUGCUCCGUCGUCUUCCUGCUGUGCUUUGGGCCCUAUCACAUUAAUUUCCUACUCUAUCUGCUGGUGCAGCAGGAUUUACUGUCGGAUUGUGCCACCAGGAUAGCCGUGCGCCAGUUUCACCCUGUGUCUCUAUGCCUGGCCAGCCUGAACUGCUGCCUUAACCCACUCCUCUACUACUUCUUAACAGCUGAAUUCAGGUUUCACCUACUCAUCCUUGUCCCGGGACUGCUGGCGAACAUACUGGCACUAUGGGUAUUCACGAUUUAUAUCAGAGAAACCAAGAAGGCAGUGGUGUUCAUGAUGAAUUUGGCCGUGGCAGACCUGAUGCAGGUUCUUUCCCUACCCCUGAGGAUCUACUACUACCUGAACAACAGUUGGCCAUUUGGUCAUGCUCUCUGUCUGAUCUGUUUCUAUCUCAAGUACGUUAACAUGUAUGCUUCCAUCUACUUCCUGGUUUGUGUGAGUGUACGCCGUUGCGAACUCAUCAUGCGACCACUGAGGUACAAUGGCUCUAGGCAAAAGGUGGAUGUGGUCAUAUGCAUCGUGGGUUGGCUCUUCGUCUGCCUUGGCUGUCUGGUUUUCCCUCUACUGAGAAACACGGAAAUUGAUGAUACCGUUGUGACCUCACAGGUCAGCGCCACCACUCCAGAAGGAGUCUGUUUCUCAGAGCUUCCCAUGCAGAAGAUCAAUGGCUCAAUAGCCUGGGUCAUCUUGAUUUUGGGUGAACUCCUGGGGUUCAUCAUCCCCUUAACUCUGGUGUUAGCCUGCACCUGUCUAACUGCUGGCAGCCUUCGAAAGCGGACAAGCAGGGCAAUUCCUGACCUAGGGGAGAAGCGGAGGGCUUUGAGGAUGGUGCUAAGUUGCACUGUUGUUUUCUUAGUGUGCUUUGCUCCUUAUCACAUCAGUAUGCCACUGGACUUCUUAGCAAAGGCCAACACGUUAAGCAGCUGCACCCUAAGGGACCUGAUCCAAAGAUGUCACCCUUUUGCACUCUUCUUGGCUAGCCUCAACUGCAGCCUGGAUCCUAUCAUGUAUUACUUCACAACAUACGAAUUCAGGAGACGACUGAGCAAGCCAGAUAUACCAGAUCUUAUUAUUUAA